CAGCUUACGACGACGACAAUCUUUUUGAACUGAGGCAUAACCUCUAGAACGUGGUGAAGUUUGGUUAAGUGUGUCACAAGCCAUCAGAAAAACCGGAUUUUUUUGGGUGGAAUUUUUGCGCACUCAAAAAAGGGUACUAGUAAACUAGUGAACUACCAAAAUGGAAGCUCUGCAGCGGCAUUCGGCGGUGAUAGUGGUUUUGCUGGUGGGCUUGCUGAGCUUGCCCGCCGCCAGUGCCAAUGAGUUUAUGGAGAAACCGGAUUUCAUCAAAACGUGCCGCUUUACGGAUUCGGAUUUUGUGGCGUGCUCGACGGAGGCCGUGCAAGGACUGUUCGACAAGCUGGUUACCGGCAUCGAAGGGCUCGAGCACGUCGGCACGAUCGACCCGAUGAAGAUCAGCAAGAUCCGCAUCCUGCAGGGUGACGGCCCGGUCAGCGUCAACGCGUCCCUCUCCAAGGUGGUGGUGACCGGCUUCGCAAACACGAAAGUAGUUCGAAAUGUCGUGAGCAACAAGGACUACAGCUGGGAAACGCACAUCCGGUUGCCGAAGAUGCGCCUCGAGGGCAACUACCACAUGCAGGGUCGCAUCCUGGUGAUUCCGCUGAACGGCCACGGAAAGUGCUGGUUUGAGCCGAGCGGCAUGGACAUCAUCAUGAAGACCACCAACGUGCUGGACGUCCGGAACGGGCACGUGUUCUACAACGUGACCAACACCAAGGUGGACUACACCAUCAGCGGGCUGCGGCUGCACAUGGGCAACCUGUUCGAGGGCGUCAAGGUGCUCGAGGACAGCACCAACCAGUACCUGAACGACAACUGGCGGCCAGUCUCGGAAGCGCUCAAGCCCAUCAUCGCCAAAACCAUCGAGGACAUCCUGCUCGCCAUCAUGCAGAACAUUUUCAACCAAAUUCCGGCCGAGUUUUUCGUGGCGGAUCUUCCGAAAUAGAGCACCCCUGCAGGUAGGAAGUAAUCAUUAAGGUCAUUUUUUCUGAUUUUCGUGUAAAUAAACACUUUUCGUAGUUUUCCCAACUCGCAA